CUUCGUCUCUUCAUUUUUAGUUCUCUUCAGUAGUAAUUUCUAAAAAACAGGCAUUUAACAAAUGCUUACGAAUUCAAAUCAUAAAGGUAUCAUGCAACAGAAACCUGUGAUAAAUAUAAGUAAAUUUGGUGAUUCAACAAAUGAACAGAGCAAAUAUUCACUACAUACAAAAUAUGGAGAACAACAUCACAAUGAUGACAGGAAUAUAAAUUAUAACGAUGACAUGAAUGCUGAUUACGAUGAUGAUGUUGAUAAUAAUAAUGAAGAUAAAGUUAGAAAAGAUUCUAAAAAAUCUACCCAAAACGCUUUUUCUGAAUUGUCUAAUAUUAAUGUAACUGGAGAAACUUCUAAAAAGAAGGACAUCAAUCAAUUAGAAGUAUUAUCUGUACAAUCAUUGAAAUCUUCCACAUCUGUGACGUCAUCACCACCACCACCACCAGUAAAUAUGUCGAUAUUGUCAUCAGCAUCAACAGAAAUUUUAAAUAAUCCACCCAUGUUACGUCGUGGUAUAGCUUAUCUUGAUAUGGAUGAUGGUGAUUGUACUAUUGAAGAAGACGAUGAAGAGGAUCAAUCCAAUGAAUAUUUAAAACACUAUAUACAUACUUCAAAUUUCAAUGUUUCAAUGAUCAAUUGUUCAACGCUAUCGAAUUCCGCGCCACAUAUGAAUUAUCAUUUACCGAUAAACGAUAUAUUUCAUCAUUUCUUACGUUGA